GACGGGCGUGCCUUCUCCCAUUGAAUACGCGCUUUUCUCGGCUAAUUCAUUUCUUCCCCUUCCCCUUCUAUAAAAGCAAUCUCUUCCUUGAAAGUUGAAACACCGUCACCUUCAUUACCAAUUUGGUCUUGAAAGAGGCCAAAACCCCAGCACAAAGUUUUUGUCUUUUGUUUGUUUUUCCUUUCUUUUUUAGGAAGAUUUGAAAAACCCACAAAACAUAAAAAACACCGCCGGUAACGUCGACAGGUUGCUUUUACAAGUAACCCAAAACCCAGAAAUAGAAAACAAAAAGGGGGAACAAGUUCUUACCUUUUCAAUUAUUUUUUCUUUCGGUUUAAGAAGGGUUUGUGUCGUGGUUGGCGGUGAUGUAUUUGGUGAGGGUAUGGGCGUUGGUGUCAGCGUUUGUGGUGGUGGGUCAAUUGGACGUUGGCGCAAGCAACGUUGUGUUUAAGGUGCAAAACAAGUUCGCCGGCCGAGAGAGGAGCCUGAGUGCAUUGAAAGCCCAUGAUUGCCGCCGUCACGGCAGACUUCUUUCUGCUGCCGACCUCCAAUUGGGUGGCAGUGGCCAUCCCGCCGAAGCCGGGCUCUACUUUGCGAAAAUUGGGAUUGGCACGCCACCAAGUGACUAUUAUGUUCAAGUUGAUACCGGAAGUGACAUUUUAUGGGUGAAUUGUGCUGGUUGCAACAACUGCCCCAAAAAAAGUGAUCUUGGCGUAAAACUGACAUUGUAUGAUCCAAAGGGCUCCUCUACUGGAGACUCGGUUACUUGUGAUCAAGAUUUUUGCACUUCGAUGUAUGAUGGUCAACUUCCUGGUUGCAAGCCCGAUUUGCUCUGCCAAUAUAAUGUGGUUUAUGGAGAUGGGAGCCAGACUACUGGAUACUUUGUGAAAGAUUACAUACAGUUUGAUCGAGUGACUGGAAAUUUUGGAACUGCACCAGCAAAUGGAACUGUUAUAUUUGGGUGUGGAGCCAAACAAUCUGGACAGCUUGGUUCAUCUGGUGAAGCACUUGAUGGAAUACUUGGAUUUGGACAGGCAAAUUCAUCUAUGCUUUCCCAGCUUGCUUCAGCUGGAAAGGUGAAGAAGAGUUUUGCACACUGCUUGGAUAGUGUUCAAGGAGGUGGAAUCUUUGCAAUUGGGGAGGUUGUGUCACCAAAAGUGAAUACAACACCUAUAGUACCAAAUCAGGCACAUUACAAUGUUGUUAUGAAGGCACUUGAGGUGGGUGGUGACAUUCUAGACCUUCCAACAGAUGUAUUUGACAGCGGGGAUGGGAAAGGAACAAUUAUCGAUAGUGGUACAACUCUGGCAUAUCUUCCAGAGGUGGUUUACGAGGCACUUAUGACCCAGAUCAUCGCUCACCAACCUGGGCUGAAACUCCAUACGGUAGAUGACCAGUUUUCUUGUUUCAAGUACAAUGGAAAUGUUGAUGAAGGAUUCCCAGUUGUUGUGUUUCAUUUUGACGGUUCCCUCACUUUGACAGUGUAUCCUCAUGAUUACUUGUUCCAAAUUCGUGAAGAUGUGUGGUGUAUUGGUUGGCAGAACAGUGGGGCGCAAUCGAAGGAUGGCCAGGACAUGACUCUUUUGGGAGAUCUGGUGCUUUCAAAUAGACUAGUUAUAUAUGAUCUUGAAAAUCAGACCAUUGGAUGGAAGGAAUACAACUGCUCUUCGAGUAUCAAAGUGAGGGAUGAGAAUACGGGAGCAGUGUAUUCUGUAGGCGCUCACGAUCUUUCUUCAGCUUCUAGCCUGAUCAGUGGAAGUAUACUAACAGUUUUGUUACUACUAACUGUUUGGCUUCAGAGUUUGACGUAAAUACGUCAUUUGUUAAUUUUUUGUACCAUAAUUUGUUUAAUGGAAAUGUGUGUUUUUAUUUAACUUAUAGGGGAAAUAGUAAUACCAGACCUCACUUUUUAUGUCUUAUUCUUUAGUUUUGCAGCUGUUUAAAGUUUCUUGCUGAUUCUUGUUAUUUAACAUUCAAAAAUAAUGAAAUUUUUUUUUGUCUCAA